UCACUAGUCCAAGCUAGUAAAUGUAACUGAAUGGAUUUCAGUGUUGUAGCCAUUCUACAGUAAGUACAGCAAGAUCCUCUGUGAAAAAGUGAAAGGAGGAAAAAAAGGUAGUAGAAAUUCAUUUGUGGAUGUUCGUCAGACCAGAGUACCUGCACCAAUGACAGACAAGCUGCCCUCGAGAAACAAAUCAUGACAACAAACACUGCUGUUCAGAGGAGCCAGAAUCUCCCCAAAAGACGCCUAGAAAGUAUAGGGGAGUGUCCUGCCAAACGGAAAGCUAGCUGGGGUAUUCUGACCAGCCAAGAUUGAAAGAAAUGAGUAGGAUUUAUAAUUGCAAUUGGCUGGAAGUGCCAUGGGGAGAUGGAGAUUUAGGUUCUUGGGCAGAUCGCUCACCUCUGCAUGAGGCAGCCAGUCAAGGACGUCUUCUUUCUCUGAAGACUUUAUUGUCACAGGGGUACAAUGUAGACACACUAACAAUUGACCAAGUAACUCCACUUCAUGAAGCCUGCCUGGGAGAUCACGUAGGAUGUGCAAGAAUCCUCCUUGAAGCAGGAGCAAAUGUAAAUGCUACAACAAUUGAUGGAGUGACACCCUUAUUUAAUGCCUGUUCGAGAGGCAGUGCGGCAUGUGCUGAGCUUCUGUUACAGUAUGGUGCCAAAGCUCAGUGGGAGUCCUGUCUGCCUUCACCAACUCAUGAAGCAGCCAGCAGAGGUCACAGUGAAUGUCUGGAGGUACUGAUAUCCUGGGGUAUAGAUGUUGACCAAGACCUUCCUCAUUUAGGAACACCUCUGUAUGUAGCUUGUGUUUCACAGCAGAUCCAUUGCAUUCGAAAGCUUCUUUAUGCAGGUGCCAAUGUGCAGAAGGGAAAGCAUUUGCAAACUCCACUGCAUGCUGCUGCCCAGCAUUCUAGUACAGAGAUUGUAAACUUACUUCUUGAAUUUGGGGCAGACAUAAAUGCCAAAAAUUCAGAUUUUGAGAGGCCUGUUGAUUUAGCUGCUCCUAGCAGUUUAGUGGAGAGACUGCUGCUCUUCCAUGAAGCCACACCAUCCUCUCUGUGUCAGCUCUGCCGACUACGUAUCCGAAAUUACAUAGGAAGAGCUAGACUGCAUCUUGUUCCACAACUCCAGUUGCCAACAAUACUGAAGAAUUUCUUACAGUACAGAUAAUGUAGUAAUUAAGUGUUAGAAAAUUAAAUAGCAAGUACUUUUUCUUCUCUGUGUUUAUUGUAUGUUUUAUCUAAAGAACUGCUGGGCGGAAAAAGAGCUUUUUGCAUAUUGCUUAAAAAAAUUGUUUCUUUGACAUCUGGUGUUGGUAAUUUAAUAGUAACUGGGAGCCAUUCAGCAAAUAGUACCAAGGUGCUAAUAAAGCUGAAUUGAAUAAGUGUGCUGAUACUCUGGGACAUGAUUAUAGAGCUUUACCUUAAUACUCAGUAGCUUUAGUGCUGUUAAUUCUGUGUUUAUAUUUUAAAAAUCUCUUUGACACACCUGAACCACGAAGAGUUUCUUCAUUAUUAUUUGUUAAGUUUGUCCAUUUGGAGUCAGUAUUUUAUGUGUUUUUAAAUUUCUAUUGUUCAUGUAUCUAAAAAUACUUGGUGAUAUGUGCACUGUAUACAUUGAUAAAAAUAAAACAAUUGGAUGUCCUUUUUUUCUUUUUAUUUAUAUAGACAAUUUAUUAAUGAAAACUUCCUUUAUUCUUCCUCACUGCCUGUGCUGUGAAAUGGAAUUAAACUGCUGUGAACAUGA